UUGUUUGUUUUUUGUUGUUGUUUGUUGUUGUUUUUAGGUGGUGUCAUGCAGGGUGUUGAUUUUUCUGGUUUCCAGCUCAUUUCACAGUUUCGUACGUUACCCAGAAAGACUGCUGGCAACACCCAAGGGUGCCAAGCAGAGAGGUGAUUGUAUCAGCUGUGGGCUGUGAAAGCUGCCAGCCUGGGGUGAAUAGGGGCAUAAUUUUUUACAGUUUUUUUUUUUUUUUUUUUUACAAUUUUCUUUCUUGGCAAAAUUUGUGCUCAUUACUUCGAUCCAGGUUCUAUUUAACUAGAUCAAGUCUUAAUUAGUAUACCUGAUACUUAAUUUAUAUAAGAGCCAGAGAAAUAAAUGUCAGUACAUGCACCUAUUUUGUAAAUAUUCAAUCACUUUGGCUGCUAUGACUGUAUAACAGGUAGGAAACUGGAGUCUAAGCUGUCUGGAGAAAGGUUAUGACUAAUAAACAAUGAUAACAAUAAUGAUGGCAUUCUUAUUUUUAGCCUUUUCUUAUCUUAGCUGGGCAACAUAAACAUUAAAACAGUUAAUGGAUUCAGCUAAAACUUAAAACAUUUUAUUUAUGAGAAGAAACUGUUAAAAUCUGCUUUUGGCUUCUCUGAUUGUUUUUUUUUUUAGGUUUUCUUAUCAUUUGUUUAUGCAAAGCAGUCACACAGAUGGGCAGGUUGUUAUGCUCUUCCCUCGGUUUAUUAUUAGCAACAGUAGUUUUAUUUCCCAUAUUGUCUUUGUGCUAUUAUUGAAAGGCGGUUGAUAUAAAACACGUUCAGAGGAAGCGUCUGUUCCUCCUCCUCGGCGGUGGCUGCAGCUCUCAUAAUAAGGCUGUUGUGAGGAUUGAAUGUCGGUGGUAUGAAGUGCUGCAUGAUUCAUGUGCAGCCUGCAGAGGGUUGGCUUUUUUGCUGUGUGGCACAGAGCAGCCGUUAGGCAACUCGGCAGGUCAGGCUUCUACCAGAAAGCACGUGGUUUACAGGCAGCGGGAGCUCAGAAAGACUGUAAUCUGAUAAGAGAGGCACUGUAGUGACCGCACAGAUGGGUAAUAAUGAAGGGCGGUAGAAGAGUAGUUCAGCCUUCUCUUAGUGAAUGAGCUGCACAGGUUAUGUUGCUGGGUUUGAAGAGGUUUUGCAGCUUGUGAGGGAGCGUGGCACACCUCUUUGUGCUUUUUUUUUGUUGUUAUAGAGGAGGUGGGCUUGGGGAGUGGAGAGGACAUUUUGGAAGAGCUGUAAUCUGACUCCUGCUUUCAGUUUGCCAUCCUUUCUGUUUACAAGCCAAACCCACCGGAGGCGAAAGGUUGCAUUUUUCACCCCCAUGUCAGUGCUGUGAUUGGCUGAAGGGCGUAAGGCUGAGCUGACUUCCUAUUUCCGUUUGCUGGCUCGGUGUAGCAGGCUUUUGUUGAAAGGUCCAGUCCUUUUUUUUUUUUUUUUCUUUUCUUCUUUUGGGGAGGGGGCUAACACGAUUGCAGGGGUGCAUACAAACACUCUGACCAAAGACGUCUGGGGCUCGACAGGAUAUUAUGAAACAUGAUCUCAUGCAGAGGUAUCACCCACAUUUCUGCAGCGAUGGUUUAAUGAUUCACAGCAACACGUCUGACAAAGGAGGCGACUUCUUUACUACUUUUCUUACCUGCAGCCAGUCCUCCCUGUCAUGGAUAUGGCAUCGACUCAUCCUUCCUCUGGGCGAGGGUCCUCGUGUUUGCUGAGCUCGAAGAACUCCGGCAUCCCGUCCUCUCAGAACCGAGGCGACACGGACAUUCUGGAGCGUGUUCUGGACAAGCCCAAGCUCGCGAUAGUGGAGGAGCCCAAAGACAGAGGCAUGAGGUUUCGCUAUGAAUGUGAAGGACGCUCGGCGGGCAGCAUCCUGGGUGCAUCCAGCACCCACACUGAAAAGACCCUGCCUACGAUAGAGAUUCAGGGUUCCAUCGACGGCUUAAAGAAAGUCAACGUCACAGUUUCUUUGGUGACCAAAGACCUCCCACACCGGCCUCACCCCCACUGCCUCGUGGGUAAAGACUGUCCAAAUGGUACAGGGAUCUGUUUUGUCACAUUCAACCCUCGCAACAACCGACGUCACAGCUUCGCUAACCUUGGUAUUCAGUGUGUGAGGCGGAAAGAGCUGGACAUUUCACUUCAGAAGCGAAGAAGCCUAAAUAUCGACCCAUUUCAGACCGGGCAUUCGAAGGGCAUUGAAGACAUGGACAUGAAUUCAGUGCGUCUGUGCUUUCAGUGCGAGCUCGAGUGGCAGGACGGCAGGAAAGACCAUCUCAGCCCGGUGGUGUCGAAGCCCAUUUAUGACAAGAAGGCAACAACUACAUCACAGCUGAAGAUCACCCAUUUGAACCUGUAUGAAGGUCCCUGCACUGGCAAGACGGAGGUCUACAUGUUGUGUGACAAAGUGCAGAAAGACGACAUCGAGAUCAUCUUCAGGCGAGAGUCGUGGAAGGCGAACGGGGAGUUUGCCCAGACAGACGUGCACCGACAGAUCGCCAUCGUGUUUAAGACUCCGCCCUACGAGGACCAAGACAUCACAGAGGAAGUGGAAGUCAACCUGGCCCUGCGUCGCAUCUCAGACCAGAUGGAGAGCGAGCCCGUUACAUUCAAGUACCUGCCUCGCAAUCCAGACCCGUACGAGGUGAAGCGGAAGACAAGGCUAAAGUCAGAGGUGAACCUCAAGGAGAAGCCCUGUGUGACAGCCAAGAGCGCACCUGCAUCAAAUCAGGUCAUCCAGUUCCUCCCAGAGGCCCAAAACAUGAUGUCGCCACAAGAGCGGUCGCACCCUGUCCUGCCCGGCAUACCCGCUGCGGCGGAACCGCGUUACUGCAAUCCAGUCGAUUCAAACACAGACGAGGCGGCCCUCUACAACCAGUUGGUAGACAUGCCUGAAUUUUGGGAGGUCUUCAAUAACCCAAACUUCUCCUCACUCGUGCCUGGCAACUUGGACAUCACUGCCUCCGCCUUUGCUAAUGUGGAUAUGAACUUCAACCAGAACUCCGGCUUCCUGCAGGACUUUUCCCAUUACAGUGACUUGCAAUUCAACAUGCUCGUCAGCGAGAGCCAGAACCCGCAGUUGGAGCCGCAGGAUAGCACGGUUCAGGUGAAAACGGAAGAGGAACUUUGAGGAUCGUGUAGCACCGUUUACAGCUGUUUCUGUUUCUGUCAUCUUUUAACAUCUUGGUCACUUCCUUGCUGACAGUUUUAUGUCACUGCCAUGUGAGCACAUUAAGCUAGUUUACCGCUUCCCCUUGUUUCUAGAACUUGUGCUAAGCUAACAAGCUAUCGCCUGCUUUGUUUUUAGUAUGAGACUGGUACUGAUUAGCGCAGCAGAAAACUGAAACCAUCCUUCAAAAGUGGAUACAAGUGCCAAAAUGCACAUGCUUGUCUCUCUGGAGUCAAGUUUGAAAAAUCCCAUCAGCCACUUGAACUUUCAUCACAGAAUAUCAUCCAUUUAAUACAUUUCAGAGGUUUUCUCUUGAUUUUUUAAUGGAUUUGACUUUAAGUCAAAGGUCUAACUCCUACUUAAACAAAAUAACACGUUACAUGCUGCUCCGAUGGUCUGAUGACAGUUAAGGCUGCGCAUAGCUCUGCAGGCCGAGAGAUUCCACUUUAACCCCUUUGAUGGCACUGGUUCAGAGCUCCUUUAUCCUUGGCUCAGUGCUCUCAUGCUGGCACACGUAUCCAGUUCAUCCCAGACAAUGGGUGAGAGGUGGGGCUCGCCAUUUACCGUCACACCACUUUAGAAUCGCCGGAGACCCACGCACAACUGCGCUGCUAAGCUGUUUGUUUUAUUGGCUUACUCAUGUCUAAACACAACAAGUUAGUCAGUACUGAACACUUAGCUAAGUUUCACACCAGUGAUCAUCAGUGUCUGAUCUUCUGUGACAACUUACAAUCAGUUUUGGGUUUUUUUUUCCAUCUGAGUGUUUUCUGUUUGAGCUGGCACUCAAAGCAGUUUUUUCACUGUAAGCCACACACACAGACGUCAGAUUCUAUUAAAAGUGGUCCAAGGAAGGAACAAUGGUGAUGCUGUGGCCUCUUUCAGCAGGAUAAUACACCUUGCCACAAGUAAAAAAAAGGUUCAGGAACAUUUUAAGACAUUGACUUGGCCUCCAGAUUUCCCAGAUCUCAGUCUAAUCGAGGAUAUGUGGGAGCUGCUGGAGGUCUGCGCCUCGAUGGGUCAGGGCUAUUUUGGCAGCAAAAGGGGAACCAACACAGCAUUAGGCAGGUGGUCAUAAUAUUGGGCCUGAUCAGCAAGCUGUUUGUUCAGCUUUUUCAGUUCGUUCACUUCUCAUUAGCACACAGGGACCUCCCACCACCAGUCACCUAUAUUAUGUCGUCUGUCAUUAUCAACUUGAAAUGCUGUCAAAUGUAAAUGAGAAACUAGUGAAUAUAAAAAAUAACAAACGCUUCGGCUAUCUUGAAUCAGAGAAGAAUAUAUGUGGCAUUUUUGGUGCUUGUAUCCACUUGUGAACAAUCUUCCUGUAGUGAGUUAUCUGCUGCGCUUGCUCUGCUAGACUGCAAAACCAUUAUGGAGCAGAGCGCCUUCUUUCCUGCUGCUGCUUUGCACUUUGUUGCCCUGUAUUUAACCCCGUACCUUUUUUUUUUUUCUUCUUUUGCUCCCAAAGCCUUGCUGGCCAAGUCUUCGGGAGCAAGUUAGCAUUCCUUAUUUUCCAUAAGUGCUGCAAGCAUUAAUUUAAAGCCUACAUUCAGUGUGGAGUUUAAAAGGAGAACUCAAACUUCUCCACAAAAGCUGUAAACUUCCAUAAUUGCAGUCUGUUUUAAUUGCAAGGUGAGACUAAAAUGGCACGUAUUAAAUGUUUGUGCGACAUUUGUUUUGUUUGCUUAGCUGAAGCUGCCGGCAGCAUAAAAGGGUUUGGUUUUUUUUUAAUCACCAAAAGUCUCAAGUACAGCAGUUUGGGAUCAAUUCUUCUUUGUCCCUGUCUGUUAUUGCUCUCUGUUGGCUGCCACAGCCGCUGGCUUGUUUAAUAUUUAAUCAACAUAAAUGUAAUAGAAAACAGCCCUUUUCCUAUUUCUGGCUUUCUUUGUGUCAGUUCCUUUUGUUUGUCAGUUUCGCUCUUGUGCUAAGCAUUCAAAUUUCCAAUCGCACCUUAUCACAUGUCUGCCCACAGUGUAGUGCAGUAGUCGGAGAAAAAUAAAAUGUCUGUGUGUAA